CACAACUUCUCGUACUAGUAAUACUGGCAAUAAGUGCCAAUGCUGCCGACCAUGACAUGUACCACAACUGUUCAAGAGUAGAUGUCUGCAGCCAAAAUCGAGAACUGGAACGCCAAGAACGGUACCAAAUAAUCCUAGAAGGAGCUGUAUUUUCCCAAGGAGUGGCAAGCUUUCGGGUACAAACAACCGACGGAAGUGAAAAUUUAGGACUAAAUAUCACAGCCAUCGAAGGCAACAUAUUUAGGGUCCAAAUUGAAGAAACUGAGUCUUCGCGGUACCACAUCCAGGAUGUUCUAGACGGAGAACCUACCGUUGUCAAUUUUGACGAUGUUCAACUCUCGUUGACUUCGGCUGAAAUUUUCCUGGGUGACAAAAGAGCAGUCGUCAACGUUUCACCAUUUUCUGUAGAGUUCUACGCUAACGAUGUACUAACUUUGGUUAUAGAAGGGGAUCGUUUAACGCUUGAGAAUGAGGAAUUGCGGCAUCCGUUCACUGUUGGAGUGUCUUUCCCUCAAGCCCUACACUUGUAUGGUCUUCACGAACACGCUGACCAUUUGGCACUACGUACCACGGCUCCAGGAGGUGAUGACCCAUACCGUAUCAAAACCAUGGACUUGACUUACUUCGAGCUCUUUAGUACUAUGGCGAUGUAUGGCGCUGUUCCUGUUUUAUAUGGCCAUGGGAUCAAUGCGACUUCUGGGCUAUUUUUACACAAUGCGGCAGAACAAUGGGUCGAAAUCACGAACAAAGACAUAGGUGCUGAUGCAUUCUUCAUGGUUGAUAGUGGGGCUUUGGAUAUAUUCAUAUUCCUUGGACCUUCAACUACUGAUGUCGUGCGUCAGUACACUUCUCUGACAGGAGUUGCCCAUCUACCACCGAUCUGGUCCCUCGGGUACCACCAAUGUCGUUGGGGCUACGCCGACCAGCAGGACGUCCAAACUGUCAUUGCAGACCUGGAUACGUACGACUUCCCCGUUGACGCAAUUUGGCUUGACAUCCAGCACACCCAAGACAUGAAAUUCUUCACUUGGAAUAGUGAAAAUUUCAGCGAUCCCUUUGACAUGCUGGCAAACUUGUCCUCAACUCAUCGAUACUUGGUAACUUUAAGCGACCCUCACUUUAAGGUAGAAGAAGGUUAUUUCGUGUACGACGAAGCCACAGCCAACGACUACUUCAUCAAAAACCUAGAUGGUACCAACUAUGAAGAUCAAUGUUGGCCGGGAACGAGUUCCUGGAUGGAUUACCUAAACCCAGCCGCUAGAGACUACUACUCCAGUUUAUAUUUAUAUGAAAACUGGAACGGUACCACCCCCACACUGGGUGGAAUAUGGAACGACAUGAACGAAGCCGCCAUUUUUAACGAAGAAAUUGAAAAAACUUUCCCUUAUGACGUGGUCCACUACGGAGGAGUGUCCAACAGGGAUAUUCACAACAUGUACGGUUACCUUCAAACCAUGGCCACUCACAAAGGGUUAAUUGAUCGUGAUAACGGUACUUUGCGACCUUUUAUCUUAACCAGGGCACACUUUUCUGGGUCUCAAAGGUACGCGGCGUUCUGGACGGGUGAUAACACGGCAGAAUUUGGGUUCGUAACAAUCAGUUAUUCGAUGUGUCUUAAUGCCAACCUUCUGGGGUUGGUGUUCUGUGGGAAUGACGUUGGUGGUUUCUUCGGAGAUCCAUCAGAUGAACUCUUGCAAAGGUUUUAUCAAGCGGGAGCUUGGUUGCCCUUCUUCAGAGAACACGCAAGUCAGGAAUCGGAAAGACGUGAGCCCUAUUUGUUCUCUGAGGAGGUUCAAGCGACGAUAAGAGAGGCAAUAAAGACACGCUACGCCCAUUUGCCGGUUUGGUACACCCUGUUUUAUGAGCAUACGCGUUUUGGCGAUCCUGUUAUCAGACCUUUGUUCUAUCAUUACCCCAAUGAUGUCGAACUUCUUGAAGUUGAUGAUCAACUACUACUAGGCCGAAAUAUUUUGGUCAAAGCUAUUGGCGAAUCCGAAGUCACGUCUGUGCCAAUAUACUUUCCGGGAGGUGAAGACGAAAUCUGGUUUUCUGCACAACUUGAUGGUACCACUUUUCCGGGUACGGGGUGGACGGACAUACCUGUUACUAUUGAAAGGAUUCCUGUUUAUUAUAGGUUGGGGUCAAUUAUUCCCACGAAGCAAACUUCGAGACCCUCUACUACAGACAUGAGAAACGAUGGCUACACGUUGACCGUCUUGCUACGUAAUAAUGAUACUGCUCAAGGAACGGUUUAUAAUGACGAUAAUCUCAGUUUUGAAUAUAGGGAUUCCCAAAAAUAUAGUUAUUCGGACCUCUUUGGUACUGAGGAACAAGUGGUCAUAAGUCCCAUUGACGAAUCUGACAAUGAAGAAUUCCUAAUUGUUGUUGACAACAUUGUCGUUUUGACAUAUAAUGAUGACGGAACGGUUGUCAAGAAUUCUUACAAACACGACGUGAAUGGAGUUCCUAUAAAUCAAAUGAAAUACGAAGGAAAGGAACCUCUUGUUAUAAUUUUACGUUAAAUACUUGUAUUAUAUUUGAAAAAUAUACAACAAAUACUUA